CAUCGUCGGCUGUCGGCGGCGAUGAAUUGUGGGGAGAGCGACCAUAGAUCUCUAGGGCCUUGCCAAGCCAAGCCCACUGUUCUGUGUUUACACUGGGAUCUAUUUUUUUCACGGCUUGUCUAAAGUCUAAGGUCAAAGAUCCCACCAUAAUAUAGAAUAUUUGUCAUAAUAACACAGUAUUGAUACUUCAUAAAGAGCAAGAACAAGAGAUCUGAUUGUUCUUGGAAUCUUGUAUCAAGUUUCAUUCACGAGGCGUGCAGAUGCAAACAUGUGGGCAAAUCCAUUUGGCACAGGAUGGUCCAUGCAACAAGCAGAUUACCAAAAUGUUCCUCAUGAUCAAGUGGACUGGGCGGCCCUAGCAAAGCAGUGGAUCAGUCACAGAGAAAAUGUUACAAACACAGGUGGGGCCAUGGGGUCAGCUGAACCUGCAGCACCGCCUGUAGACGUGAUGACAGUGGCGCCCCCACCGCCUCCUCCUCCGCCACCCCCACCCCCUCCACAGGAGGAUGUGAAUAGCCCACAGCAGCAACAGCAAGCCCCCAAGACGGAAGAUGAAAACAGCAUGGAGAUUGCCUCGGAUGGAGAGGAUAAUGCGGCCCCGGUAGUAGCCCCAGUGAUGCCCCAAGCAUUCGUGGCCCCAGGCAUGUGGGGGAUGCAGCAGCAGCAACAGCAGCAGCCGUGGUGGCCUGCGGCGGAACAGACGCCUGAGAUGUGGAUGGGCCAACAGAUGAUGCCUGCAAAGGAUGGCUUUGGUGGGGAUAUGUCAGGGUUUGCACCAGGAUUUCCUGCUGAAAAUGUAUAUUAUAAUCAGCAGGACAUGCCGGCUAAAGACACUGCAUACCCUUCUUACUGGGAGGACUCUGCAGGUGUCGACAGUGACUCGUCGCAAGCGGGGCUCCUACCCGACCAUGCGGCAAGACCACAGAAUCACCACCACCAUCGCCAUCAUCACCAUCACUCUCACCAUCAUGACCUUCACCGGCCAAGUCGUCCUGACAUGAUGAGACAUGGUCAAAUGGAGGAAGGAGAGGAAUCCAGUUUAGAUGCGGCCAAGCGUAGGGCUCUUCCUGUGUGGAUCAGGGAAGGUUUGGAGAAAAUGGAGAGGGAGAAACAGAAACAGUUGGAAAAAGAACAAAUGAAGUUGCAGCGGGAAGCUUUUCUGAAAGAACAGCAGGAGGAGAACACAAAAGCUGGAAAAAGUAAUGCUGAUAAAAAUCCCCUCAGGAGCAAAUUUGACUCUGAUGAUGAAGAUGAUAAGGAAGCCCAGGAAGACUCUGAUGAAGUUGAUUCUGACGUGGACAAGAAGCCACGGUCUCGAUCAACAUCACCAUCCCAGUCCAAGGAAAGAAAGGCCUCUGUCAGUCCAAAACGUAGUCCUUCGCCCAGUGCUUUCAUGACAGAGGAGGAGAAAGAAAUGGCAUUAAUGUUGAAAGUGAAGAAAAUGUUAACCGAGACAUUGCUUGAGGUGACAAACCAAGAGAUCAGAGGGGUGGCCAAGGAAGUGCACGAGAAAGCCCGGAAGAAAGCUCUGAAAGCUCCCGCACGGCAGCUAGCCAAGUCCUCAGCUUUGGCUUCUUUGACCUCUCUUGGACUUGGCUACGGCUCGGACAGUGAGGCAAGCGGAGGGGAGGACCGCUCUGGCGCUGACGACGACUCCGACUCUGACCUGGAGGAGAAGAUCAGACGGAAGAAAGAAGAGUUUGCAAAGCGACAGAGAAUCUUCAGUGAUGCAGAAGAUGAUGAUUACAAGCCAGAUUUGAGGUUACCUUCAAAGCGGAAGGUGAAGGAAGAAGAACCUUCAGACAAGGCUGUAAAGGAGGAAGACGAGAAUAUUUCUAAAAAGCAUAGUGAUAGGGCAGACAGGCGUAGUAGUAAAGAUGUGAAAGAGUCCAAAGAUAAGAAAGAAGACAUUGCUGAGGCAGAAAAUGAUUCCAAAUCAAAGAAGGCUCAAACUAAUCAUAAAGACUCACAUGUGGAAGAAGAAAGUGAGAAAGAAAGAAGGAAGAGCAGUGAAAGUAAGAAUCACAGAGGGCAGGAAAGGAAAACGAGUGGCGAUGCCAAUUUAGAUCAAGAUAACGCAAAUGCAGAUAGGGAUAGGAAAAGUAAAGAGAAAAAGAUUAGUGCAAAAGUGGUUGAAGAAAGUGGUUCUUCGAAAAAGAGGGGUUCUUCAAAAUCCUCGAAAAAAUUAGAGGGCAAAAAGGGUUCUGGUCAUAACAGAGAGACUAGCUCAGGAAGUUCUUCCUCUUCGUCUGAUUCAGACUCCAAUAGUGACAGUAGUAGUAGCAGUGAGGAUGAAGGAGAAAGUGGUAAUUCUUCAUCAUCGGAUUCAGAAUCAUCCUCAUCAUCUUCAUCUUCAUCAUCUGGUGCUGAAAAGAAUGUUAAAAGGAAGAAAAAAGAAAAGGGGGAAAGACUCAAGUCCCUUGAGGAAGAAAAGCAAAAGGGUGGUAGGAAAGAAGUGGCAAAGUCUAAACACAGUGAGGUGAAGUUAGAAGGGGAGAAAAGAAGAGAAAAAUCUGACAGAGAAGCGGUUGGAAAGAACUCAGAGAGGGAGGGGGAUACUCAUUCCGAAAAGAAAGACAGAAAUGUUUCAGAAAGAAAGCAAAGAGACAAAAAUGAAGGGGAGGUAGUUACAGAAAAGAAGCCUAAGUCAAGUCAAAAGAUUGACGAUGAAGAAAGACAGUUAUCUGAUUCAGAGAUGAGUAGAAGUGACAGACAUAAUAAGAAAAACAAGAAAUCUAGUGAGAAAAGGAAAAGCAACCGAAGUCCUAGUGUUGAGGAAAGGCGUGGGGAUAAAAGCAAGGGGCGUUCCAGAAGUGAUAGGCAAAGUAGGGAGAGGGAGAGUCGAGAGGGAAGGAGAAGAGACAGCAGGAGUGAUUCGAGAGAUAGGCGGCAGAAGGACAGGUACGAAAAGCAUAGGGACAGAGAUUAUUCAGACGACGACCGAGAUAGGCGGAGAGAUAGGGACAGAGAGUACUCAGACGAGGAGCGGGACAGGCGGAGGGACGGGGACUCGAGCCGAAGUCGCAGGAGUCGAAGCAGGGACGAUCGGGGGCGUAGUAGAAGCAGGGAAGAUAGGGACUAUGGUAAGAGGAGCAGAAGUAGGGACAGGGACGGGGCUCGGUACGACAGGUCCUCGAGACGUAGCACGUUAGAUGAAAGCUACAAGUCUUCCUCCACGUCAAAAUCCAGCAAAAAGCGCAGGCGGUCGAGGUCCUCGUCAGAAAGUGACGGCAGCGUGCGCAGGAGGAGUAAAAAGAAGGAGAGCUCCCCAUCGGAGCGAAAGAAGCACAAGAGCAGCAAACGGAGGAGCAAGGAUGGGUAUGAGGAGUAUGGAGAUGUUGAUUAUGAAGAGAGAAGGGAAGCUGGUAAGACAUCCAAGGGAAAACGCAACCAUAGAUCUCGCUCAAGGUAUGUGCUUCACUCCAUCCUGCUAACUUCUCUGAAACAUUAUAAAUGUCUGUGCAGAAUGCAUUAACACUUCUUGUUUGUUGUUUUUAUUUUUCAGUUUCUUUUCACAUUUUGUUUUCUACGAGAUGUUUGAACCAAGAUGACUAAUGCCUUAGACUAUGAUUUCAUGGAAUAGCACAAUGUGCACUGUUUGAAGUACAGUUUCCUGAUAUCGGUUUAAUCUGAAUAUAUACUUUUCUUACUAAUUUUGUUUAGCUGCCUCUCUCUUUCUUAAGAUGAGUUGCUUUUUUGUUGUUGUUGUUGGUUAAUUCUCUGUUAUUAUUUUAUGUUUGUUUUGAGAGCUGAUUCCAUUUUCUCUACUCCCAAUGUGCUUAAGAUAAGAUGUCUUUUUUCCUUUUAAAACAUUUUUGUUUCAAGCUGUUGAUCUUUUUCCUUUUGUCUUUUUUUUCAGAUCCACUUCUAGGAGAAGAUGAGAAGGUGAAGGAUUCUUUGUGUGAGCAAUAAGGGUUGUUAUGUCUUUAUUGUAUUUAUACUUUUUGAACUUUUUUUUCUUCUUUUUUUUUAGGUUUUUUUUUUUUUUUUCUCAUCCUGGUAUUGAACUGCAAGUUCAGUAUGUGAAAAGAAAUACAUGUUGAUGAAAGAUACAUUA